AUGGCGAGGAAGGCCUACGCCCAGAGUAUGGUCGAGAAACAUCCUAGACCUGGGCUCGAGCCUGAAAUUACUUUCGGAGCUGGAGAGGUCGAGCGCUCCCAUCACGACGAUGUUUUGGUGAUCUCCAUUCAGAUUGCCAAUGCUUGGGUCAAAAGAGUAAUGGUCGACACUGGGAGUUCUGCCGACGUGCUGUACCUCGAUGCCUUUAAGAAGCUCAGCUUGACCAAGGAGGACCUCACCCCCAUGGCGUCAAUGCUCAUUGGGUUCACGGGGGAUUCCAUCUCCCUACUCGGGACCAUCAUCCUUCCUGUCACCAUCGGGGAAGAGCCGAGGGCCAAGACAAUAAUGACUACCUUCAUGGUAGUCGAUCUACCCUCGGCCUAUAAUGUCAUCUUUGGCCGACAGACGCUCAACAAGUUGAAAGCGGUGGUGUCCACCUACCACCGGGCCAUUAGGUUUCUAACUUCGACAGGGAUCGGGGAAUCUCGAAGCGAUCUGGGAGAAUCAAGAUGA